AUGUCCAAGCAGACCUACCGAGUGUGCUUUUGCUUCCGACGGAGGUUCCGCCUCGCCGCGGCGGAGGCGCCGGCCGACAUCAGGGGGAUCUUCGGGGAGUACUCGGAGAACGGGGUGAUGGGAGCCGACGGCCUGCGGCGGUUCCUGGCGGAGGUGCAGGGUGAGGCGAACGCGACGGCGGAGGGCGUCAUCGACGGGCUCAAGCACGCGCACGUGUUUCAUCGGCGGGGGCUGAAUCUGGAGGCGUUCUUCAAGUACUUGUUCGGGGAUGAUAAUCCGCCGCUGGAUCCGAAAAUUGGGAUUCACCAAGAUAUGACUGCUCCACUGUCUCAGUACUUCAUAUACACUAGCCACAAUACCUAUUUAACUGGGAACCAAGUAAGUAGCGACAGCAGUGAUAUACCUAUAAUACGUGCACUCCAGGGAGGUGUAAGAGGAAUUGAGUUGGAUUUAUGGCCGAAUUCCACUAAAGAUAAUGUGGAUGUUCUACACGGGAGGACCUUGACUACUCCCGUAGAACUAAUCACCUGUUUGAGGUCAAUUAAGGAGCAUGCCUUUUCUGUGUCUGAAUAUCCUGUUGUAUUAACACUUGAAGAUCAUCUUACUGCCGAUCUUCAGGCUCUAGUGACUGAGAUGAUCACUCAAACGUUUGGUGCAAUGCUUUUUAUCCCGGGUUCAGAGCCCCUGAGUGAAUUUCCUUCCCCAGAAUCACUUAAGAGACGAAUCUUAAUAUCAACUAAACCACCCAAGGAAUACUUAGGGGUAAAAAAAUUCGAAGUAAAUGAAAGCAGCUCAGACAAGGGACAAGAUUCGGCUGAGGAUGAAGCUCGGAGGAGACAAGUUGUGGACUUUAAAUCCAAAAUUGGUUGCAGUAAGGAUGCUGACGAGGAUGGAGAGGGCGUGGACACUGAUGAAGAUGAUGAAGAGGAUCCAAAAUUACAGCAGCAAGCGGCCUCACAAUACAGAAAUCUAAUUGCUAUCCCUGCUGGAAAGGGCAAAGGGGGAAUGCAAGAAUGGCUGAGAGUUGAUCCUACUAAAGUGAGACGUCUUAGCUUGAGUGAGCAAGAAUUUGAAAAAGCCAUUGCACAAUUUGGAAAAGAUAUUGUUAGGUUUACACAGAACAACCUACUGAGAGUAUACCCUAAAGCUAUACGAUUGGAUUCCUCCAAUUAUAAUCCCCUGAGUGCAUGGAUACAUGGAGCUCAAAUGGUUGCCUUAAAUAUGCAGGGUUACGGAAAAUCACUUUGGUCAGUACAUGGAAUGUUUAGAGCCAAUGGUGGCUGUGGAUAUGUCAAAAAGCCAGAAUUUCUGUUGAAGGUUGCCCCGGAUGGUGAUAUCUUUGAUCCCAGAGCUGAUUUACCCAUCAAAACCACUCUGAGGGUAACAAUAUAUAUGGGUGAAGGAUGGUAUUACGAUUUCUCUCAUACACACUUCGACUCUUACUCUCCCCCAGAUUUUUAUGCCAAGAUGAGGAUUGUGGGAGUGGCAGCUGACACCAUGAAGAUGAAAACAAAGGCAAUGGUCGACAGCUGGAUCCCGACUUGGGACGAGUCGUUCGAAUUUCCGCUCACGGUUCCUGAGCUGGCUUUGCUUGGGGUCGAAGUCCGGGAGAAUGGGGAGUUUGCGGGCCAGACGUGCCUGCCUGUGUGGGAGCUCAGGAGAGGCUUUCGGGCCGUGCCGCUUUACAACCGAAAAGGAGUCAAGUACAAAUGCGUGAAGCUUCUUGUGAGAUUUGAAUUUGUUUGA